CCAUCGCCUAAUCGCGUUUAGUGCUCCGCAGAUUUUCUCGGCCCUCCCAAGUUCCUGUUCCCCAGUGAUGACGGCCGUCGAUUUACUGCUAGUAUACGUGUUAGUAGGUAUUGUUUGUGUGAGCCUCUGCUGGGCCCAGGCUCCAGGAGAUGAGGAUGCACGAUGUACAACUGAUCACUCAAACCCCCCACAAUAUCCCGACAAUGUGAGGAAUCUGAUGGACAGUUACAGUUAUGAGAACCUCUUACCUGGAAAUGGAACUGGGAACUCUCCCAUAGCUACUGCAGUCUGGAAUGACUUCAGUUUUGAUGGAAAUGAUGUCACUCCUGAAACACUGAACCCAACUUACUGGCAGCAAGGAGCUGGAGGAAUAUGUCGAUUUCAGACACGUGUUUGUGGAUGGAGAAGAGAAGGAGCCACUCAGAAUAACUGGCUCUUUACUCAACACAUCAGUUCAGAGUUUGACUCUAACAUUUACAACUAUAAUGUGACGAUACAUGUAGAGGCGAUUUACUCAUUGCAGAGUUGUAGAGAAAGGCAAGGUUGCAGACAAAGAUUCAAUCUUCUCCACUACAUGACUAACUCACAACAGCUCCCCAGUACCAGUGAAAAUGGAUACAUGAAUACCCAAAAUUAUGAAAAUUUUGCAGUACCGGAAGGACCUGUUUCCUCAGUGACUUACACCAAUACCUACAAUUUCACUCUGCCACCAUCUUCCACUGGUUUCUACAUAGCUGUCCAGGACAUUGGGUCAUGUAUAGCUCUAUCAAGACUGAGAGUCUAUCACAACAACUGCAAGUCUCGUCAGGUUGGACUGGUCCUCUAUCCUGAUGCUCCUGCUCCAGUGUCUGGCUCAGCAAAUAUUGAUAUCAGUUGUGUUGAAAAUGCAGUGGACUCUGGAAGUCCAGAAGUCACAUGUGGCAGUAAUGGAACAUGGGGUUCUGAGACUCCUGUGUGUCAGUGUAGACUUGGAUACGAGAUAGCAGACGAGUGUAUUGCAUGUGACCUGGUCAGUAUCGUUCCAGCAGAGACACUACCUGCCAGUCAUGUCCUGCCAGCACUAAGACUGAUAAAGAGGCUGCCCCUGAAUGUGAGUGUUUGGAUGGCUUCUUCAGAAACAACGCCAGCAAUAACGAUGCCACUGUGUGGGUUCGAGAAUCCACGUAGCGAGACACCUGAUUACAACUGCACAAAGCCAGGUCCUGUGGAGACGGUAAAAGGUCACUGCUCGGUUCUGGUGUGGGACGAACCAAGUGCACCAAACGGAGUAAUCACAAACUACUCGCUCCUCUUCCUCCUGAACACUGGGAAUGACUCGGGCGUCGUUGUUACAACUGACUCGUCAGUGACUCACUUUGAUAUCAAGUCACGCAACCAGUUCCCACUGAGCCCUGCAGACGGUGGCAGUGCCUUUGUCAAGGUUCGCGCCCAAAAUGGUGCUGGACUAGGCCCGUACUCACAAUCUGCCUACAUUGGAUGUGAAGAUCCUCCAGGGACCUGUACAAAUGACACCAGUCCAUUUCCCCCACCAACUGUGCCAGAGUUGGUGGUGAGUGUGGAGAGAGAGGGAGAUGUGAUAUACUGGAGUAGACCAUCUGGCAGAGUCUCCUACUAUCUGGUCACCCUCACUGACGACGAGACUGGAGAGAAACUGGUCGAGGGGAUGAGGACUAACGAACAGUUUCUAGUACUAUCUAACGGAUCAUAUGGGAAACUCUCUGUUGAGAUAUGUACAGAGUUGGAUGGAGUGAGAGGAAGCUGUACACAGCAUGAGAUCCUUGAAGAAACAGGGAAGAGCUGUACAGAGGAGAGCAGUGGGGAGGUUUCCCAGGAGAUGAUAAUUGCGCUGUGUGCAGGCUGUGGAGGUACGGCACUGCUGGUGGCGACCUGCUGCCUCAUUGCUGCUGCACUCCACCACUGGAGGUUCAGGAGACAGUUUGGAUCCCAUAAAGAGGCUCUCACUUGGGAGGCCUACGAGCUGAAGACUUAA